AAACCUCAACCAAUAUUCUCAUCUUCAAAUCUUUCCAAAUGGGUUCUGUUGAUCAUCUUCUUUACUUUUCCAUGUCUUAGUUGUGAACUGAAUAUUAUACAAGCAAGAAACAUAGAGCUCAAGUCCUCACAUGGAGGAAACCUGUUUGUCAGAUACUAUCUUUCUACGGGAAACAAUAACAACAGAAUUCAGCUUAACAGCCAAGAAGUUCCCUGCUCAAAGUCCAUCUGGAACGAGCGUUUCUCACUGGAAUGUCAGGGGACUGAAGAUGCCAUUAACAAACUGAAGCAAGACACGAUUACUUUGGAGCUCCGGUGGAGGAAAACAGUGCCGGUCUUGGGGAAGUUGGGGAAGUCAAGGGUGCUGGCCAGAGCUGAGAUUCCAUGGAGAAUGGUUCUGGAGUCGCAGAAUAUGGAAAUGGCGGAGAGGUGGGUGGUGAUGGUGGCGAUUGAUGACCGGAUUCUUAAAGGCGGGAAACCUCCUUUGCUGCAGAUAGCAGUGAAAGUUGAAGAGAAGAUGGUGGAAAGUGCAGAGAAGAAGAAAAAGAAUAAGAGAUAUGAUGAGGGUGAGUGUGGAUGCAGAGAUGGUGAUAGGUGCAGUUGUGCAGAGUAUGAAUUAUUUGCGUUAAUGGAAGCUAUGAACACACUUUAG